GGGGCGGCGUUUAUUGGCAACAGUGUUGCUAUUUGUGUAAACGACUCGUAAAAUUUUAUGUUGAAGCUGCUGCAUACUAGUGGCUCUGGAUGUGGCUCUUUUUUUUGGAACACUCUCCGCGUUGUUUUAACCCUUUCUGCCAUUUUUCUGUUGCGGGUACAAACACAUGUAAGGAAGGGGUCAGAGGUCAGCCUACAAUUGAGCUGCAUGUGGUAGUGGUUCCUUUUUUCGGGGAUUGCAUACUUUCGGGCUGCGUUUCGUUGGGGAAAAUGGCGCAAAUGAUUGUAAACACUGAUUACAAUUAUGCGGGCGGAAAACGGAAGGUGUGUGUGUGUUCGAAUGUGUAUGUAUGAGUGUAUGUGUGUGUGUGUGUGUGUAAGCUUAUCUACCCAUUAGCCCCCUCCCCGAUGCUCCGUUGGCUAUUUUCUUUUCAAUUUGUUUUGUUGUCAGUUCCAGCGAAAUUGACAUCUAUUUUAUGUUGCAGCUGCAUUUCAAUUUUCCAGAAGGGAAGGGAUUCGAGUACGAAAUACAUGUAAAUAUUGGAUAUUGAUUGCAUUUCGCUUCGCCUGCCAACUUGUCAAUGUCAACAUAGUGGCAAAGCGGGGCAUCGGCGGUUUGGGAAAGCGUCGCGGCCGGGAAAUGCGUGAUAGAUCGCUCAACAAUGGCGCCAGCGGAAAAGCGAAAAACUUUUAUUGAAAUUCAUUAGUGGUGCACUGGAAAAGUUUGCAUAUUUACUUCCGCCCUGUCAUACAAUUUCCCCUGCCUUUUUUUCCGGAUUUAAUGAAGUGCAACUGACAUGGCACUUGGUGUCUCUGUCUUCAUUUGAAUAUAAUUAUGACUGGCACACUGGGGAAAAAUGUGCACCUGUCACCGAAAAUCCCCAUCGAAAUAGGGGCAAGCUACGCACACAUGUAGUUCGAAGCUCUCUGCUUUUUAGGUUGCUGUGCCAGAGGAGCAAAGAUUUAAUUUGCUGAUGAAGUUCGUGCAUCUGCAGUCGCCUCAGCUGCAGUUUACAUCCCCCAAUUCCUAGCUAUACAAAUAGCCAAACGUUGGACCUGCCACUGCUGGCAAAUAUGAUCCACUGCCGAAAUGGUUGAGCUGAGGGCUCUGCUUGUGCUUGUGCUCCGGAUUCUGUGUCCCAAAUUAGAAACAAAUUUGUUUAAUUCAAUAAAAAAGAAACUUGAUUAAGAGCAAUGCAGGCGAAUGAGACAUAUGCAAACAGAAAGUUCCCGGCUGGCAAUUAACAUCCUUGCUGAAAAAUAAACACCAAUAUCAGCCAAAUGAAAUUUAUUUUAAUUUCAAAUCCUUGAAGUGAAUCCACUUACCCACUCCCAUUGGCGAACGACAGCCAAAUGAAAUGCAACCGAAACCGAAACAUGUGCAAAAACGAUAUACCUCGGAUGAUGUGUUGCUUUACUUAUCAUCAAAGCGGGUAAUUCUGUUAUUUUUUGGUUGCUGGUUUUGGUUGCGUAUAAGAGCACUACAUUGCCGCUGCACAUGCGAGUAUAUUUGUUAUAUGAGGGACGCCCAAAUGUCUGCGUGCCAGGAGGAAAUGGUUUAAUCUUGUUUGCCACGAGUGGAAAUAUGGCCAGGGCAAGGGUUAAAAAUUAAUGACGCGUUCCGGGGACCCAACACAAAUGUUGUCAAAGGCAUCAAAGCGCCUGCCCACACACCCACACACACCCACCCACACCCACUCAUUUCCACACCCACACACAGGAUACGUGCAGGGAGCGUUUCCAAUUAAGCCAAUCGAGCUGCAAAAAGCCAACCAGGAACGGAAAAGGACGAGGAAGGGGAAGAGGAUGUGGAAGUGGAAACGGCGCGUAAUUAAAAUUUAAUUUGCGCCCAAAAUUAGACUAUGAAAUUUCAAUAAGGCUCUUUGGAUGUUCGGCAGCGAAAAGGCAAAUAUUGUACUGCCAAAAAAAAGCCAAAUGUUAACAAAGUAAAUUAGUUGAAUUUUGCAACGAAAAUCCCUUUGAUUAAACGCAGCCAAGUGGAUGAGAUGAAGCUGUGGACUGGGAAGCUCAAAGGAAAUCUUCACGGGUCUAAAUAUUAUUUAUGCCCAGCUGCAUCAUGGUUCUCAGCUAAAGGCAUUUGAGGCACUCCAUCAAGUUUAAACUUCAAUUUAUUCCUGUAAUUACUGAUGUUAUUUUAUCAACAUUUGGCAGGUUUAUGUGGCUCAAGUAAGCAUAGUUUUCUUCCGUGUAUCCCGAGCUUAAAUAAAUAACCAAGUCGCUGCUAAGCAGCCAAGAUACAAGACAAACAUGGCGACACAUUCAGUUGUGUUGCCUUGUUCUACACUCCCUUGGCAACCUAAGCGCAUAAAUUGUCAAAACGAAGUGUUUGGAUUAAGCUGCGAGUUGUGCUUGCGGCUAGCAGGAGACCAUGACCUCGCCUGGCCGCAGUGGCUAGGAGUGCACCACCCACUUGUGUGGCAUCCACCACCCACCACCCACCUGCUGGCCAAUUUAUUUAUACGCAUUUAAAACUGAUUUAUGUGCGGGUCGGGGCGAGGGAAGACAGCUUCCCGCCCCUCUUGGCCAGCAACCACGUGAGUUGCGUCUUUAAUUUAGCUGCCAACAAAAUCCAACCACUUCCACCCUUUUUUGCAAGCCACGCCGCUCGCCACAAAUGCAUUUUCAAUGGAAUUUCUCACUUGCUAACGUGUUUUCAGCUCUCGGAGCUCUACUUUCUCGUGAGCUGCCAACGAUUUAUGUGCCAUGUUCUGGCGUUUCGCACCUGCCCCUCUCACGUCCUACUUCAUCCAGUCAGCGAGAUUGCUCCUCUGCUUAAAGUCGAACUUACCUUAAAUCUGUUUUGGCACAAUAAAAAUACCCACACACUCCGCUGGGCCCUUUAUGCACAGUUGCCUGCCAACCGGGCUAAAAGACGCUUUACAUGGUGCACACUCUGUAGGAAAAUCUGUUAUCGCAUUAACAAUUUCCUACUAAUUUCGACACACAACCGGGGUAGCUUGGUGGUGAGGGAAAAAUCCUGCAGAUAUAAUUAAAUUGCGUGCCAAACUAACCAGGACUUGGGGUAGUAGGAAAUAUUAUGGAAAAUUAAUAGGAAAACUGUAUACUCUUCUCGACCUAAGGAGAGCAUAGAUUUGUACAAAUAUUUUUUUCUUUAUUUCUCAUUUUGUUUUCCAAAUAAUUAUCAUUAAUCUCUUAUAAUAUGUAGGUCCGCAUAAGAAUAGGUAUACCGCACAAAAAGAGUAUGGAAUGUAGGCAUAAUAAUUUCAUUAGGAAUCACGACUCUACCAAGCAAAAAUCGAGAAGAGAAAGCUUAAUAUUUCCCUCUUGUAUUUAAGUAAUUAUGCUAGGUGUCCCCCGGGAAAAUACGACUGAUUCGCGUUCGUUUGCCUGUCAGCAGGAGGCUUAAAUGUUUGUAUUUGUAUUGCCAUUAAUUCACAAAAAUCUUCAUUAUACAUAAACAUGUUAUUUAUACAGCCAUCGGCUAUUCACAAAGCGAGGUAAGCCGCUUUUCGGGCAAACACUGCGAGAAAGGGGAGGGGGGUUGGACAGGAAUCGACAAGGACAUUGUGGGCACGCACAAUGCUGAAAGUGGCGAAAAGGGGGGGAACCGUGGCCAAGGCCUCGACAUAAGUCCUUGCACAUCAACUCAAUUGAUGACCCUUUGGCAGUUUAACUGCCUCAACAUCGCUUAAUGUGCACUCCAUCAACAUAAAUCACUCAUACGUCGCGUUAAACACGCUCAAACUUCAAAUGACGUGUAUUUAAGCGAAGGGGUGCGGCGGGGUGGGCACACGGCCAUGGCCAUAAAUUAAUUAAGCCUGCCCGCUUCUCACUCGAAGGUCCAAGUUCGUGGCCCCGCCCCUUUCGCUUCUUUAAGCUGCAAUUAAACUGUAAAAGCGAACGGUCCGCCAGCGAGCGAUGGCAGCGGCGGCAACAGCAAAUUACAACCAUUUACAAUUAAUUUGAACAACACGCUGCCAUGCAAAUGGCGUGCCAUGGCUCAUAACUUCCAAUGGCCACCGAAACCCACACGCCGACGCACUCUUUGAGCCAUUAAAAAAGGAGCAAAGGACCAAAAGGCGAGCAACGUGCAAAUACUCAAUUAGCAUAUCAAUAAAUCAAGAAGUGAGUGGUGUGGGUGCGGCAACACCUCUGUCCUUCGCCGCCGGGGCAAUCAAAAUUUAGUUAACAACGCCAAACAAUUUAUUAACUCACAGCGAGCCAAGUCGUUCGACCUUGAGGCUGGCAACGUGACGUAUACGUAAUCUGAUGGCGUGCCAACCCAAUUAAUCAAGAAGCCCUGCGGCUCGGACGUAUUGGAUUGCACUUUUGUCAGGAUACAUAUGAAUGUUAUAUGAGGUCGCGAUGGUGCGAGCACUUUUUCAUCGCAGCAGGUAUUGAUGGUGUCAAAAACGGUGAUUAAUAUAAAUAAUUCAUUUCAUCAUGGUCAAUUAAGCAUGUUUUAAUUGUAAAAUGUUGCGUCUCAUUUGAAAAUAAAUUAGUUUUAAGCCUCAGUCAGUUCUGAAAUGUCCCCUGGGUCGCUUGUAUUUUCUAUAGUCCUACUGCUCAGGUAUUUUAACCUGAUCAACUGCGAAAUAAACUGCAAAUUGGAAAGGAAAAGGGCCGCAGACUUGUCCGUUAAAUGCUGCCAGCUAACACGUCCCAGCUUAGAUAAAGGCAAUGUCGAAUGUAGAAAAAGUCUCAACUUGCCAGCGCACCGAAAAUUCAACUUUGCCGAACUAUAUACGAUUAAUAUGUGCAUUGAGGAGUGCAACUACAUAGGCAGCGGGUACAUCGAAAUCGAUCCACCCUUUCGCCUUGAUCUGGCCAACAUCCACAUCAACCUGCAGACGAUUGCACCCCAGCCACAGAAUGAAUCGAUUCCAUUCCUGGUGGAUGCGUAUCGGAAAUGCGAGUUAUUCCGAUCGUCGCACGGCAGACGAUUCACUCUCCACCUGCCCGAUAUUGAAUUCAUCGAGGAACCCUGCAACCCCUUUGCCUUACAAAUCACCAUAUGCAUCCGCAUCCAUGCAAUGCAAAAGUGUCCCAGCGCAUUCUACGUGGACAGCGAGGAGUGCCGAUUGGCCAGGGAAUACUUCAUACAGUGCGUCGGGGAUAUCGAAAGCAAUCUUGCCUAGGCAUCAACCUGAAAUCAGCGAAAGUUCAUACGUAUCCUGUGAGAACUUCCAACGGGACCUGCUAAAAUGUGUUGAGAAAUAAAGGAAAGAGUCGUAAAAGUCAUA